AUGGACAAAAGUAAUCCAGUUUGCUGUCCAAUUAUUCCUGGAGAAAAUCUUCAAAAGGAUGAAAAUGGAGAAAAAAUUGAUAUCACUUAUUAUAAGCAAAUUAUAGGGAGUCUUAUGUACUUGACUGCUACGCGGUCAGAUGUUGGGUUUGUUGUUAGUCUUAUUAGCAGGUACAUGGAGCAUCCUACGAAGAUACACUUACAGGCUGGAGGAAAUAAAGAACAUAUUGCAUAUACUAAUAAUGACUAUGCAGGAGAGUUAAAUGAUAGAAAAAAUACUUCUGGGUAUAUAUUUCUAUUAAGUUCUGGUGCAGUCUCUUGGCUAUCUAAUAAACAGCCUAUGGUGUCUUUAUCAACAAAAGAAGCAGAAUUUAUAGCUGCAGCUGUAUGUGCUUGUCAAGCAGUUUAG